AUGGUGGGCAAGACCACAGGGGGCGAUGGGAAGCCCCUCAAGAAGCCCUCCAUGCCUGGCGUGAGCGUCAGGCAGCUGGUGGAGGAGAUCCCUGAAGGCGGCAGCCUGCCUGGCUUUGAGCGGAAGCCCGUGACCUUGGCUCUGCAGGAGGGGAAGAAUGCCAUCUUCCGGGCAGUGGUCAGUGGGCAGCCCAUGCCUGAGGUGCGCUGGCAGAAUUCCCAAGGUGACCUCAGUAACUCCAGCAAGUACCAGAUCUCCUCAGCUGCUGGCAGCAAGGAGCACACGUUGCAGAUCAACAAGCUGACAGGUGAUGACUCGGACCUGUACCGCUGCUCAGCGGUGAACACGUACGGGGAGGCCACAUGCUCAGCUAGACUCACCGUCAUUGAAGUGGGCUUUCGGAAGGGCCGGAAGAGACAGAAUGAACCCCAAGAGGAUCUCAAGAAAGAACUGGUGGACUUCCGGAAGAUGCUGAAGAAGAGGGCCCCGCCUCCAGCCUCCGAGAAGAAGGUGGAUCUGGAGCAGGUGUGGCAGCUGCUGAUGACGGCAGACAGGAAGGACUAUGAGCAGAUCUGCAUGAGAUAUGGCAUCGUUGACUUCCGGGGCAUGCUGCGCAAGCUGCAGGAGCUGAAGAAGGAGCAGGAAGACAAGAUGGCCCAGUACGUCAAUGCCAUCUCCAACCUGAGACACAUCAGAGUCACCAAGGAAGGGGUGGCCACAUUUGAUCUGGAGUUGGAGCUCAGAGAUCUCGAGAGCAAGAUCUACCUGUACAAGGAUGGAGGGAUGAUCCCCUAUGGCUCUGACAACCAGACCAGGCACUGCUUGCGGCGGCUGGGGAAGCGCUACCAGUUCCAGGUGCAGGACCUGCGACCCGAGGAUGCUGGCAUCUAUCAGAUCAGGGUGGAGGACGCCGUGAUCUUCUCCACAGAACUACAAGCCAGUGCCAUCCCUGCCCAGGUGGUGGUCCCACUGGCUGACGUCCACUGCAAGGAGCAGGAUGACACCGUCUUUGAGUGCACGCUCUCCAGCCCCUGCCCCAAUGCCACCUGGCAUUUCCAGCACAAGCCACUGUGGCCCAGUGAUCGGCACGAGGUGUCUGUGUCACCCGAUGGCCUGACCCACCGACUGGUUGUGAGAGGGGCCCAGCUCUCAGACAGGGGCCUUUAUUCACUGGGCACUGGGCUCCAUACCUCCAGUGCCUGGCUGGUGGUGGAAGGGGGAUCUGGGGAUAGAGGCAGUCUCAAGGCCUUAGAGGCCCUGGAGACAGCUGGGGACAGAGGCUAUAAGGAUGGCCCUGGGGGGCCAGGAGCUAUGAGGGCAGGAGGUAGAAUGGGUGAUGGGGAGGGGCAUGGGCUCCUUGGAUCAAGAAGUGAGGAUGGCUAUAGGGGAGGCCCAGGUGGGGCUGGUGGAGUAGGGUCAGGGGGUGAAGGGGGCUAUAGGGGAGGCCCAGGGUCAGGGGGUGAAGGAGGCUAUAGGGGAGGCCCAGGUGGGGCUGGUGGAAUAGGGUCAGGGAGUGAAGGAGGCUACAGGGGAGGCCCAGGUGGGGCUGGUGGAAUAGGGUCAGGGGGUGAAGGGGGCUAUAGGGGAGGCCCAGGGUCAGGGGGUGAAGGGGGCUAUAGGGGAGGCCCAGGUGGGGAUGGGGGGAGUGAAGGAGGCUAUAGGGGAGGCCCAGGUGGGGCUGGUAGAAUAGGGUCAGGGGGUGAAGGGGGCUACAGGGGAAGCCCAGGGUCAGGGGGUGAAGGAAGUUACAGGGGAAGCCCAGGUGGGGCUGGUGGAGUAGGGUCAGGGGGUGAAGGAAGUUACAGGGGAAGCCCAGGUGGGGCUGGGCAAGCAGGGCCAGAGGGGCAGAUGCGCAGUGGACAUUGUUCAGACAAGAUUGGAGAACUGGGCUCAUGGUCUGGAUUGAGGCAUGAAACUCGACUCAGUGGCCAUGAAGCCAGGGGUCAGGGGUCUGGGUACUGCGCAGCAUCAGAAGGUGGCACCAGCACCAAGGGUGGUCCAGACAGGGGCAGAGGAAUGGGGCUUGUGGAUGUGGUCAGUCCUGGGAAGAGCCGAAGAGCAGCAGGAAUGCUGGGUCCUACAGAUGGCACACCAUCCAGGGACAGUCCCAUAGACCCAGGUCUUCUGGGGGCUCAAGGAGACCCCCAGACCCUUGCAGAUGGGGUGGGCUCCAAGAACAGUUUUGGAGACUGUGGCGUUUUAGGGAGCCCUAAGGCCCAGGGUGCUGCUGGUUCCAGGGGACAGGAAGGGGUCCGAGUGUGGCCUGAUGGCUCUGGGACCUCAGGGUCCAUGGGGGACAGUGUGCCUCCCAGUUGGGAGAGCUUGGAAGACCAGGGCUUUGGCCACAGCGACAUGAGGCCUGGGGUCCAACUCUCAGGCUCCAGAGCUCACGGUUCACUCCAUGAGACAGAGGCCACUUUGGGGGGAACCCACAAGGGGCCAGGGGGCUCACAGGGCAGGGAAGGUACAACAGGGCGAGAGGUGGUCAGGAGGCAUCAAGGCCCUGGACCCCUGGGUAGCAGAGAGCAAGGCCCUGGCAAAGGCAAGUCUGGUCACACAGAGAACUUAGGUGGCUCACACCAAGGGGCUGUCACUGGGCAGAGUGAUGGCCUUACCCCCAAACCUGGUGAGUCAGGGUCUUGGGAAACCCGGAGUGGCUCAGAUGGUGACAGAGCAGGAGGGACUCAGGGUUUGGGCUUCCAGCUAGGCAAGGGGCAGAGAGGAGGCUGGGGCUCCCCUGGGAAGCAAGGGUGUCUGUGGGUUGAGGCCAGGAGAGCCCAAGGUCCUGGGGCACUAAUCAGGGACAAGGUGCAGGGAGCGGGAGAGUCCGGCAGGUUAGACCACAGACCUGGGGCAUGGAUAAAGUGGUCCAAAGCUCAGGCAGGAGCUGAAGUUGGAGUACCCGAGAGGAGGGGUGUGGAGGAGUCUAGAGGCAAACGGCAGCCACCUGGAGGGGAGCAAGGGGGGCGCCCCGGGGAGUCUCUGAGUGAAGCCCAGAGCCAGCAGCCCCCAGGGUCCUUUGGUAGCCAAGGUGGCAGCUCAGACGCCCACAGCACCAGCCCUGCGGCCACCAGGAGUCCCAGGGCCAGAGACAAGGCCAGCGUGGGUGCCCUCUCCACGGAUGGCCAAGGCUGCAGGGGCCACUUCUCCCAAGGCCUGGCUGAUGUGGAGGUGCAACAGGGGAAAGCCGCCACCUUUUUCUGUACCCUCACCAGUGACCUGGGGCCUGGAACAUGGUUUAAGGAUGGGGUUAAGCUUACCACCCAGGAUGGGGUCGUCUUGGAGCAAGAAGGCCUGGUGCACAGACUUGUCAUUGCCGCCGUGCAGGGGACCCAGGCGGGGAGGUACACAUUUAUGGUUGGCGACCAGCAGAGCGAGGCUACCUUGACCGUCCAGGACCCCCCCACCAUCUCUCCAGAUGUGCUGGAGAAGCUGAGAGAGCCCCUGGUGGUCAAGGCCGGCAAGCCUGUGACCAUGAAGAUACUUUUCCAGAGCCGCCUCCCUGUGCAGGCCGCCUGGAGCAAGGAUGGGGCCGAGGUGCCGGGCAGCAGCCGCCAGGGUGCCCAGGUGGCCCUAGGGGAUGACUACACGCGCCUGUGCCUGCCGAGCGCUAGGAGGAAGGAUGCUGGCCAGUACAGCGUGAUACUGAAGAGCCAAGGAGGCUCCACACAGGCCCGCCUCACCCUGCAGGUCCUAGACAAGCCUCAGCCCCCGCUGGGCCCCCUGGAGGUGCAGGACUGCCGUGGGGCUGGGGUCUGCCUACGCUGGCAGUCCCCACGGGAUGACGGGGGCCGGGCCGUGGAGCAUUAUGUGGUGGAGAGGCGCCAGGCUGGCAGGAGCACAUGGCUGAAGGUGGGGGAGCCUCCCCCGGACUGCACCACCUUCACGGACAAUGGUGUCAAGCGGGGCCGGAAGUAUGCCUUCCGUGUGCGGGCUGUGACCUCCGAGGGAUCUGGGGAGGCCCUGGAGUCUGAGGAGCUGUUGGUGGCACCUGAAGCCCUCCCGGGGCCCCCUUCCCGCCCCACCAUCGUGUCAGCCUCCAGCCAGGGCAUCACGCUGACAUGGACGGCACCCCAUGAUGGUGCCCACAUCCUGGGCUACCUGAUCGAAAAGCGCAAGAAGGGCAGCAGCACCUGGACAGCCGUGAAUGACCAGCCCGUGGCCGACAGGAGGUGGACAGUGGAGGACGUGCGGCAGGGCUGUCAGUAUGAGUUCCGUGUCACAGCAGUGGCUCCGGCAGGCCCCGGAGAACCUGGGCCCCCAUCAGAAGCUGUCUUCGCUCAGGACCCCCUGAGACCUCCGGCGCCCGUGCAGGACCUCCGGGUCACAGACACCUCCAACACCAGCAUCACUGUGAGCUGGACUGGGCCCGACACACAGGACGGCGACGAGGCCCAGGGUUAUGUGGUAGAGCUAUGUGGCUCCAACAGUCUUCAGUGGAGCCCAUGCCAUUUGGGGACUUUGGCAGCCACCACCUUCACAGCCAAAGGGCUUCGGCCCCAAGAGGGCUACCAUGUGCGAGUGACAGCAGUCAACACAGGGGGCCGCAGCCAGCCCGUGGCCCUGGACACGCUGGUGUAUGCCAAGCCGGUGGUUGUUGGCCCCAGGUUCCUCAUGGACUCCAGCAUGAGCCAGUCGCUGACAUUCAAGGCUGGGGAUACCAUUCGUGUGCCUGUCACCUUUGAGGCUUCCCCCAUGCCCGAGGUCGUCUGGCUGAAGGAUGGUGCUCCCUUGCCCAGAAGGAGCGUGACAACCACCAAGCAUGGCCUCACGCGGCUGCUGAUUCCCGCAGCCAGCCUCUCGGACAGUGGCCGCUACUCCGUGAUGCUGAGGACGUCCGAGGGCAAGGAGAUCAAACACCACUUUCUCAUCACGGUGGCAGCGCGCCCACAAGCCCCAGGACCAGUCCGCCUGCAGCAGAACAUGCUGGGGACAGUGACAGCUGAAUGGGAGCCAUCGCCAGAUGAAGCCCAGGGACCCCCCCUGUACUACACUGUGCUGAUCCGCUCCACAGACCACGGACCCUGGAGGGAAGCGGCCGAUCGUUUGCACACCAACCAUUUUACCCUCUUGGGCGUGCUCCCCGGCCACGAGUACUACUUCCGCGUGGUGGCCAAGAAUGAGCUGGGGGUCAGCGAACCUUCAGACAGCCAGCCCUGGUGCACCCCACGAAGGCGAGAUAAGUUCGCCAUGAGGGCCCCGAGCUACAAGGAGCCUGACCUGCGUCAGAAGCCGCGCUUCCUGGUGGGUUUGCGUGUGCACCUGCUGCCACAGGGCUGUGAGUGUCGCAUGAGCUGCGCCGUGCAGGGCUGGCCCCGGCCCCGUGUCACCUGGUAUAAGAAUGGCCAGAGCCUGGACAGGAACCCCGCUGUGUAUAGCACCGACGUGCAGGGUGUCUGCUCCCUCAUCAUCGCCAGCGUGGGCCCCGAGGACAGCGGCCAGUACAAGGCUGUGGCUGAGAACCCACUGGGCCAGGCGGUCAGUGUGGCCACCCUCAUUGUCACAGAGCCUGACCUGUAG